GCUCGUAGUCUUGGCGCGAGACUUGUCCUACUGUCAAAUAUUGGUGCUACAGCAGGCUGAAACCAGCGUUAUAACUGAUGGAAAAGGUCUUCACUUUAGUCACCACCGGCUAUUAACACGGAACCUGUCGAGUAGCGGCGUUCAAACGACCCGCUGAUCAGACUGAACCUCCACCUUUAAGCUGUCUGAUGGUGUAAGGACUUAUUCAAGAUGGACUGUGAGCUUUUGGCAACAUGCAGCGCUCUCGGCUAUCUGGAGGGAGACACUUAUCACAAAGAGGCUGAUUGCUUAGAGGGCGUGAAAGACUUGAUCAGGUAUUUACGCCACGAAGAUGACACCCGUGAUGUCCGCCAGCAGCUGGGUGCAGGCCAGAUCAUACAGAAUGACCUUCUACCUAUUAUCAUCCAGCAUGGAAAAGAAAAGGCCUUAUUUGAUGCCUGCAUCAGGCUCAUGGUCAACCUCACUCAGCCUGCCAUGCUUUGCUUUGGUAAAGUCCCUGAUGACCCAGUGUUUAGACAUCACUUCUUGCAAGUUAUGUCUCAUUUACAAGCCUACAAAGAGGCUUUUGCCAGUGAAGCGGUGUUUGGUAUUUUAAGUGAGACAUUAUACACGCUUCUACAGCUGGACUGGGAGCAGAGACAGGAGGAGGAUAACCUGCUGAUUGAAAGGAUCCUGCUGCUGGUUAGAAAUGUGCUUCAUGUACCUGCGGACCCUUGUGAAGAGAAGAAAGUGGAUGAUGAUGCCAGUGUCCAUGACAGGCUGCUGUGGGCCAUUCACAUGAGCGGUUUUGAUGACCUGAUCAAGUUCUUGGCGUCGGCCCAGAGUGAGCAGCAGUGGAGUAUGCACGUGUUGGAAAUAAUCUCCCUCAUGUUCAGAGACCAGACACCAGAAGCUUUGGUGAGCGCCGGUCAGGCUCGUUCAACAGAAGAGAAGCAGAGAGACUCUCAGGAGCUGGAGGCACUGAGGCAGAAGGAACAUGCGGCAAAACGCUCUCGCACAUUACAGAGAGGAACCAGACACUCUCGCUUCGGAGGGUCUUUCGUGGUUCAAGGCCUCAAGGCGAUUGGGGACAAAGAUGUGAUUUAUCACAGAAAUAUUCAUAAUUUCAAAAACUAUACUCAUGACGUAGGCAAAGCAGUGAGGCGGGUUCCCAAGAGGAAUCGUCAGGCUCAGGAAUGUAAGGACAAACGCCGCUCAGCCUUAAAUGUUCGACUCUUCCUGCGAGAGUUUUGUGUGGACUUCUUGGAGAACUGCUACAAUCGCCUCAUGUACCUUGUCAAGGAAAGUCUAAUCCGAGAGCAAACUCAGGAGCAUGACGAGACAUACUACCUCUGGGCGCUCAGCUUUUUCAUGGCCUUCAACCGUGGCAACGGUUUCCGUGCUGACUUAGUCUCUGAGACCAUGUCCGUCCGUGCUUUCCAUUAUAUUGAGCGCAACAUCACCAACUACUAUGAGAUGAUUCUCACAGACCGCAAAGAGGCCACGUCCUGGUCACGCAGGAUGCACCUGGCGCUAAAGGCAUAUCAGGAGCUGCUGCUGACUGUGAACGAGAUGGACCGCUCACAGGAUGAAACCAUCCGCCAGAGUUCCAGCGUCAUUAAAAGCAACAUAUUUUACCUGAUGGAAUACAGGGAGAUUUUCCUGACCCUGCUGAGGAAGUACGAUGAAACCAAACAGCCUCAAUCCUAUCUCAAAGACUUGGUGGAAUCAACUCAUCUCUUCUUGCGCAUGUUGGAGCGAUUCUGCAAAGGUCGCAGAAACUUAAUGGUUCAGAAGAAGAAGGUGAGGCGGAAAAAGUCUCACGGUCAGAAAAAGCCUCCUGCUGCAGAAACUAGUCCAGAGGCUCUGGAGGAGACCUGGAAGGUGCUGGAGGAAGAGCUGAGGGCUUCUGGGUUUCAGUUGUCAGAGUCUUUAAGUGAAAGCAUUGUGCCGUUUGAUGCCACAUCUGAAACUCCACUUGAGGAGCAGCGCACCGAGGCCAUGGUGCGGGUGCAGGAUGCCCUGCUGGCUCGCCUGGGACCAGAAGCACUGGGGUUGCUGCGUGCUGCCAGGGAGGUGUGGCCAGAGGGAGAUGUGUUUGGGUCAGCUGAUGUGGAACCAGAGGAGGAACUUGAACUCCUUAAACAGAUCCUGCAUGCCAACCUGCCAAGGUCAUCUCCCCCUGAGCCUGUGGCAGAGGAUGAGGACGAUGCAGCAGAGUUAGAAGAGGAAGAGUUGGAGUCUGUCCAGAUUUCUGAAAAAGAGUUCAACUUUCUAGACUUUAUUAAGAGGUUUUGCAACCCCAGUAUUGUGCGUCCAUACCUCCUCUUACUAAAAUCGUACUCCAAAAACACACCUCACACAAACCACUGCAUCGCUCGAAUGCUGCACCGUUUGGCUGUUGACCUCAAAAUGGACGCCCAGCUUUUCCAGCUGUCAGUCUUCAACCUUUUCAACAAGAUCUUGAGUGACCCUGCAGCAGCUGCUUACAAGGAACUGGUGACCUUUGCCAAGUUUGUGCUGAACCGUUUCUUUUCGGUGGCUGCACAAAACAACAAGGCGUAUGUUGAGCUACUGUUCUGGAAAAAUGUGGGAGCUGUACAUGAGAUGACUGAAGGCUACAGCAAAGACGGAGAGGGGAAAAAACCAUCAUGGACUGAAGAGGAGGAAGAGGAGCUGCGGAAACUCUAUGAGGAGCACCUUCACUCUGAAGUGCCAGAUAUAGUGGAGACUCUGCUGCCGUUACUCAGCAACAGCAACCGCACUCGGCGCCAGGUAGUGACACAGCUGGUGCAUAUGGGUCUGGUGGCCAACGCUAAAGAACUGAAGAAACAGAAGAAAGGUACCAGGAUUGUUCUUUGGACUGAGGAACAGGAGGAGGAGCUGCAGAUGCUCUACGAGGAGUACAAGGACUCUGAUGACGUGCUGGGUAAUAUCAUGAAGAAGGUCACAGCCAAGCGGUCCCGUGCGCGUGUGGUGGACAAACUGCUCAGUAUGGGCCUGGUGUCUGAGAGACGAGAACUUUAUAAGAAGAGGAGUCGCAGCGCUUAUGGGAAGAGCUCUGCAAAGAGCUCUGGAAAGGGAAUGACUGAAGAAGAGUUCUUAGAGGGACUAACACAGGGGUUACCAGAUGAUCCUGAUGACAGAGAUGAUGAAGAUGAGGGAGAGGAUGAGUCUGAGGAGAGUGAGGAAGAGGAAGAUGAACAACAAGAAGGGGAAACAUCACAAAAUGGAGGAAGGCGGAGGCAAAGCCUGCACUCCACAGGGGAGAGGAGACGCGAUGUAGGCAGCAUGGUGUAUGCUCUGCAACAGGAAGGCAUGUCUGAACCCUUGUUGUGGCUACAGACCCGUCUAAACAGAACAGCAGAGGAUCGUAAACAGGAUGGUGUGUCCCACGAUGUGCCACUGGUACCUCUGACAGAGGCAUGUGAAGAAGCCAUGGACAACAAGAGCUUUCAGAGGCUGUUGCGCAAACUGGGAAUUCGAGCACCUGCAAAUGAACAGGAGAGGUUUUGGAGGAUCUCAGCAAAGAUCAGUGUGUCCGAGCUCCGGAGCACAGCUGCAGCUCUUAGUCCAAGAGAGGAGGAAGCUAAUGGAAGCGAGGAGCCAAACGGCUCCAUGAGUCCAACUGCAGAAUCCCAGAAGGAGGAGGAGGAGGAGGAAGAGGCCUCGGAUGAAAAGAGAGCUGAGGCUCUGAGAGCUCUACUGCUCACACGCAAGAAGAAACAAUGCACCUCAGAAAAUACAGCUCCUGUGUCAGAUGUCACUCCUACUGAGGAUACGGACAGCACACUUGAGAGGUCCCAGGAGAGGACCUCAAAUAAAAGAAGCAGGAGCAGAGUGCUGGACGAUGACGAGGAUGAUGAGGAUGAGUCCACCACUGCAAUGGAUGUGGAGACCAACGGCGAUGCAGAUUCAGACAGGGAGGAUAUCUCUGCUCCCGUGAAGCGUAGACGGAAGAUGGUCUUAAUUGAUGAAGAGGAGGAUGAGGAUUAGUCACUUUCUUUAAUGGACCGUAAAAACUGCAGACAGGGGAGACAUAAAAGGCCCUCGCUUUGCUCAGGGGUGAAUACAGCCCUCUGGAGGUCUGCAGUCCAGACAGCAGAAACUCUAUUAAUGGAAUCCCAAACAACCCCAAAGAAACAGGCCCUUAGACCGGCCCCUGUGGAUACAUAGAUCCUCUUAUACAGCUUCAGCUUGUCAUCUCUCUGGCAAGCCUCAGUGGUGCCUUUCUAUCAUGGUAUGUUAUGGUUAUGGUUCUCUUUGGAUACUCUGCAUGGGCACCACAGAGAUAUUGCUGUCUGGGAAAGUUUUACAUCACAGGAUUUUGUGUAUAAUCCAGUAAUGCCUUUUGUGUUUUGAAAACUUCAGGCUCAUUGUAUUGAUAAAAUGAAUCUUACAUUUGUACUUUUAGGUCAUUUCCAAUGUUGACUUUGGAUUUAAGAGUAAAAUGCAUGCCUACUUAUUAAUAAAGAAGCACUGUUG